AUGCGUGGAAGUAAACUCAACACUUCUCAGCCAACUCCAACCUCUUUGAGAGAUCAAAGUCAAGAACGGCAGGAUGAUGAAAUGAAAUCGCUCGAAGCAAAAGAUGAAUCACUACAAGAAGAGAUAGUAUCAUUGCUAGCAAAAGAGUCAUCUUUGCAAGCAGAGACUGAGAAGUUUGAAAAAGAACUGGCGAAGAACAAAAGCGAGAUUGCUGAAUAUAAGAAACGAAACUCGCAGCUUAGAGAUAACAUUAAAUUAUUGAGAGAGGCAGACGAGGGUUCCAAAUGA